UCGCGAGCGGCAGGCGGCCGGGCGGGGCGCGGCGUAGUCUCGCGAGAGUUGUGCGGCCCCGCCCGGGCCCGCUCCCCCCGGCGCCGCGCUCCCCCCGCCGCGCUAAUAUGGUCGCCGGCGAUGGACCCUGCCAGGCCAGGAAGCCCUUACCAGCUUGUAAUUGAAGCAUUAACAAACUAUCCACAAAAGAGGUUCUACAAUGUCUCGAAGCUUGGAGGCACCAAGUAUGAUGUUCUGCCUUACUCUAUUCGAGUGUUGUUUGAAUCCAGUAUCCGUAACUGUGAUGGCUUCUUAGUGAAAGAAACAGAUGCUAUGAACAUUUUAGACUGGAAGACAAAACAGAAUAAUGUUGAAGUGCCCUUCUGUCCUGCCAGAGUUGUUCUUCAAGAUUUUACUGGAAUUCCAGCAAUGGUGGAUUUUGCUGCCAUGAGGGAAGCGGUGAGAAAUGCUGGAGGAGAUCCUGUGAAAGUCAAUCCUGCUUGCCCAACUGAUCUCACUGUUGACCAUUCUCUGCAGAUUGAUUUCAGCAAAUGUGCAAUACAGAAUACUCCAAAUCCUGGAGGUGGUGAGUCACAGAAGCCGACGGCAAAGCUUUCUCCACUUAAAAUACAGCCUCGGAAGUUACCUUGCAGGGGUCAGACUGGCUGCAAGGGGCCGUGUAGUGCUGGAGAUCUGAGUCGCAACUCAGGACAGUUUUCUGCGCAGAUUGAAAACACGCCAAUCCUCUGUCCUUUUCACCUUCAGCCGGUGCCUGAGCCUGAGACAGUAUUGAAGAAUCAAGAGAUGGAAUUCGGCAGAAAUAGAGAGAGACUUCAAUUUUUUAAGUGGAGCUCAAAGGUUUUCAAGAAUAUUUCCAUAAUUCCACCGGAGACUGGAAUGGCGCACCAAGUUAACUUGGAGUAUCUGUCAAGAAUUGUUUUUGAAGUUAAAGAUUUCCUGUAUCCAGAUAGUGUGGUUGGCACAGAUUCUCAUACGACCAUGGUAAAUGGCUUGGGUAUCUUGGGCUGGGGUGUUGGGGGGAUUGAAACAGAAGCAGUGAUGCUGGGGAUGCCAGUUACUCUAACUCUGCCGGAGGUGGUUGGGUGCGAACUGACAGGCACAGCCAGCCCACUUGCUACAUCCAUAGAUAUUGUUCUGAGCAUUACAAAGCAUCUUAGGCAAGCUGAUGUUGCCGGAAAAUUUGUUGAGUUCUUUGGGAGUGGCGUUUCCCAGCUGUCUGUAGCAGACCGAACCACAAUAGCAAAUAUGUGUCCUGAAUAUGGUGCUAUUCUGAGCUUUUUCCCUGUUGAUAAUGUGACAUUGAAGCACUUAAAGCAUACAGGUUUUGACAAGGCCAAGCUUGAAGUCAUGGAAGCAUAUCUUAAAGCUGUGAAGUUAUUUAGAAAUUAUGAGAGUUCUUCCAGAGAACCUGAGUAUUCCCAGAUAGUGCAAAUUAGUUUAAGUUCUAUAAUUCCGUAUGUCAGUGGCCCCAAGAGAUCCCAAGAUAGAGUGGCGGUUAAUAACAUGAAAAGUGAUUUCCAAGCCUGCUUAAAUGAAAAGACUGGUGUUAAAGGGUUUCAGAUUGCAGUUGAGAAACAGAAUGACAUUGUACCUGUUCAGUAUGAAGGAAAUGAAUACAAGCUAUCUCAUGGCUGCAUUGUCAUUGCUGCAGUAAUCAGCUGUACCAAUAAUUGCAAUCCGUCUGUCAUGCUUGCUGCAGGACUUCUGGCCAAAAAAGCUGUUGAAGCUGGCCUAGUGGUAAAGCCCUAUAUAAGAACAAGUUUAUCACCAGGCAGUGGAAUGGUUACACAUUACCUCAGUUCAAGUGGAGUAUUACCAUACCUCAGUAAGCUUGGGUUUGAGGUUGUCGGUUAUGGGUGUUCAACCUGUGUUGGAAACACUGCUCCCCUUCCAGAAGCCAUCAGGAAUGCAAUAAAACAGGGUGAUAUAAUUGCCUGUGGAGUGCUGUCUGGAACAAAGAACUUUGAAGGACGUCUCUGCGACUGUGUCCGUGCCAACUACCUUGCUUCUCCACCGCUAGUAGUUGCUUAUGCUAUUGCAGGCACUGUUAGAAUAGACUUUGAGACUGAGCCUUUGGGCACUGGCUUUAAUGGCAAAAGUAUCUACCUACGAGAUAUUUGGCCCACCCGAAAAGAGCUACACACAGUGGAGGAAGAGUGUGUGAUAUCAUCUAUGUUUAAGGAAUUGAAAGAAAAAAUGGAGAAGGGAAACAAACGAUGGAAUUCACUGGAAGCGCCUGAGUCAGCUUUAUUUCCCUGGGAUUUGAAAUCUACUUAUAUCAGAUGCCCUUCCUUUUUUGAUAAACUUGCCAAAGAACCAGUUUCACCACAAGCGAUUGAAAAUGCCCAUGUCUUGUUAUAUUUGGGAGAUUCUGUGACUACAGAUCACAUAUCCCCUGCUGGAAGCAUUGCAAGGAGUAGUGCUGCUGCUAAGUAUCUGACCAACAAAGGACUCACACCUCGUGAAUUCAACUCUUAUGGAGCUCGAAGAGGUAAUGAUGCUGUGAUGACAAGAGGUACCUUUGCAAAUAUCAAGCUUCUGAAUAAGUUCAUAGGAAAACCGGCUCCUAAAACAAUUCAUUUUCCAUCUGGACAAACGCUAGAUGUGUUUGAAGCAGCAGAGUUGUACCAGAAAGAAGGCAUUCCUGUAAUUAUUUUAGCAGGAAAGAAGUAUGGACUGGGCAGCUCAAGAGACUGGGCGGCAAAAGGACCUUUUCUACUGGGUGUUAAAGCUGUCCUAGCUGAAAGCUACGAGAAGGUCCAUAAAAGCCAGUUGAUUGGAAUAGGCAUAGCUCCACUUCAGUUUCUUCCUGGGGAAAAUCCAAAUACUUUGGGUCUCACUGGCAGAGAGCAGUUUUCUAUAUUGUUCCCUCCAGAGCUGUCGCCUGGAAUGACUUUGGAUAUUAAGACAAGCACUGGAAAAGUGUUCAGCGUGAUUGCCUUGUUUGAAAACGACGUGGAGAUAACUUUAUACAAAUAUGGUGGAAGUCUAAACUUUGUGGCUCAAAGAUUCUUAUAGUAACUACUGACUCUAUGGGUACCUUGCAUUAACUGGUAAUCCUGAAAAUGCCUUGUGUGAACCCAGGAAUCUGUACUGUGGAACUGCAAACAGUCCUAGUGUGCUCAAAGUUACUUCGUCCAUGGAUGUAAAAGAUUGUGAAUCAUUGUAACUGCAAGAAGAUCCUUCCUGAUUUUAAAUAAUAUUCUAAUGGUGCUAUUAAACAUUGCUAAAAUCAACAUGUGUGUUGUGGCAGAGAGCUGUAAGUAUGGAGGGGAUGUUUUAUGAGACCAUUUUGUAAAUAAACUACACGAAAUCUGAAACUGAUUGUGCUGAAGAUUAUUAUGUAAGAUUUUCUGCAGUUGUUUCCACUUAGUUUUUGCACCUGUAAAUCUGUGUACUGCUGUUUGUUGGUUUAAGGGUAGCAGAUGGUAUGAAAUGUUAAAGGCCAGACAUGUUUUUUGGCAUCAAAGUCUUAGAACAGAUCUUCAGUUUUUAAUUAUCUGCUCUUUAAAUUAUGGGCUGAGCAAAAAGCAGUCCACAAGGCCCACGGUGUCCUGUAUGAUAGAUCAUGAUUUACCUUAUGGCAUUAUAUCCCAUAUGGAUUUAAAACUGCUCACGCCAUGAAGUACUGUGUGCUAGAAGUAUGAAGUUUUCAUGGGCAACAUCUCUGCAUUUAAGAAAAUGCCCACGAUGUAUUUUGUUCAUGCUGAUCAAAUAUAGCACCCUGGCCUUUUGGUAAGCUGCAAUUUGUCAUGUCUACCUUAAGGUGUGCAGUUAGUCCUUUAUGCCAUCAGGUUUUUACUGUAAUGUUUGAUAUCAUUAGCCAAAGUACUUUCCUUUAGAAUUUUAACCUUUAAAAAAGUUUAUUAUGAUUGUUUAAAUUCCUCUGCUUUAAACGCAGUGUAUGUCUAAUAAAUUCUGCUUGUCAAAUGUUAACUAGCUGAGAUAGCCAUACUGCCUUUUACUGCUUUCUAAUAUGCUGUUAGUUUGCAGCUCUUCUGAACACGUAUCAGAUUCCCCGGCUGAAGAUCUCUGGAUACCAAACAAAUUUGGCUCUUAGCCACUGCAACUCCAAUAAAUGUAAUUAUCAGUGUAUUGGUGAUAAAAA